AGAUAUACGUACAUUGCUUUAUUUGCCAAGAACGUCAAAUGCGAAAACCUGAAAACUUAAACCGUCAAUCAGUUAAAGAUGACCUGUAGAAACUCAUGACCGUAUUGUAGAAUAGCAAUUGAAAGAAGCUAAAAAUACAAAACAGCAACAACGAUUUGCUAAGUGAAAAUAAAACAAGCAUACAAAUGGAAAAGUGUCUUGAACACAUACCAUGGAGCAGUUUUAACCGUUUGGGAAGAAUAAUACUUAUUGUCUUUGGUUCAAUUGGCUUUAUCGUUUCUGGUAUUGCAUUAAAUUUAUAUGGUGACACUUCAUUUGAUUGUCAUAAUGAGAUUAUAUCAAAGACGAAAGAAAGUUCUCUUUUAAAGAACAUUGAAUCAAAAUGUUUCAGACAAUACAAACAUGGUUUAACUUUUAAGUAUGACGUUUUUCUUAUCGUAGUUUUUAAUUUUGGCAUUUUUUUAAUUUUGAGUAUCGUCUAUGGAUAUUGUGUAAAGUAUCGAGUUGAUCAUAAUGCUAAUAACAGUCCAAUAGAAAACAGUAACGAACAAAGUGAGCUUCUAGAUGUGGAAUAUAGCGAAGGAACUUAUCAAUCUGACAACGUUGCAUUUAAUUCUUCAUUUUACAUUUACAUCGUUCAUUUGGUGGUUCGCUUCAUCAUAUUGUCUGUCUUUGUUGGAUUACUUUCCUUUGCAAAGUUUCCCGUCGAAUACACUUGUAAAAGACGUCCAACUAUGAUAGAAAUUUCCUUGUUAAAUCACACCAUUUCUACCAUUGAGAGCGAAAAUCCCAACGCCGAUUAUAGUCAAGCCUUAAUUAUAAUUGUUUUAUCUGUCAAUUUAAUUGUAAUAACACUAACCAUCUUAGAGCUGUUUUAUUUGACGUAUAAGGCUUGCACUGAUAAAUCUUUUAAAAAAGAGGAUAAGUUUUGUAAAGUUUACUUGAAUUUUGUACUAAUUCAAGAACCUAAAAACUCGUUGGAAGAAAAUAAAGGCGAAUGUACAAAAUCGGUGGAAGGAAAUAAAGACGAAUGUACCAAAUCGUUGGAAGAAAAUAAAGGCGAAUGUACAAAAUCGUUAGAAAAAAAUAAAGGCGAAUGUACAAAAUCGUUAGAAAAAAAUAUAGGCGAAUGUACAAAAUCGUUAGAAGAAAAUAAAGGUGAACGUACAAAAAUUUUGGAAGAAAAUAAAGGCGAUCUUUACUGCAGCAGUGUGUUUAAAAUACACGACGACUUUGGUGGUGAGAUGACAGAGUGGCGAAAUUUUGAUAAUAUUUAUGUCAACGUCAUAAUACAAGCAGAAAGACAAUUAAAGAAUGCUUACCCAGAAGCCUACAAUCGGCAUGAAAUCUUUCAUUCUUACCUUGAAGUGAGCAAUGAUGCAAAAAAACUAACAAACGUAACUGAGAUAUUUAAGCCAAUCCUUGGUGAGCAGAGCACGUCGUAUCCAAGAUCUAUUUUAGUCAUUGGAAGGCCGGGAAUUGGUAAAACUAUGCUGACUAAAAAACUUCUAUACGAAUGGAAAAAUAAUCGAGAUGAAUUUUGGCAAGAUAAGCUUGUUAUUUUAGUGAAAUGUCGUGAUCUUGAAACUUGCGACACUACUCUCAAAAAAAUGUUGAAGCGGUGUGAUGGACUAAAAGAUAAACAUUUUUCUCAAGUUUACGAAUUCAUAAACACUUAUCCAAAACAAACUGUCAUUAUAAUCGACGGACUCGAUGAAUUAUUUUUAAAUCGUUCAGAGUUCCAUAAAACAAAGAGGCCUGUAUUUAAACUAAUAAAAAAGUUAGUUGAAGGUGAAACGCUGUCUGAUGCCACUGUUUUAGUAACAUCACGAUCCACAGCUGAACAUACAUAUGGAUGUUUAAACUUUAAAAGGACUGUGGAAAUCUUGGGGUUUUUUGAAGAUCAGAUUAAAGAAUACGUCGACAAGUUUUGUGGUAAAGACAAGAAUACAGCCAAAAACAUUUAUGAGCACAUUGACACUUCGCUUGAACUUAAAAGUUUGUGUUAUAUUCCUGUGAAUAGUUACAUUGUUUGUCUGACCCUAAAAGAAAGCUUGACAUGCAAGGCUGAAGACAUUCCAAAGACCAUCACUGAGUUAUAUAACAGAGCAAUCAAAGUCUUGCUAUGGAAGCAUCAUCCACUUUGCACAUCAGGUGAAAUACCUAGAAAAACUGAUUAUCUGAUAGCUCCUUUGCCGCCCGAGCUUAAGGAAGAUAUAAACAAAAUAAAAGAUAUUGCAGUUAGUGGAAUUACUGAAGGAAAUUUGAUUUUUGAAAAAAGUAGUAAUACUGCUUUUCAUGAGGUAGCAAAUUGCGGUAUAUUUCACCGUAUACCAGAUGCAAAACGCUUCCUGUACUGUUUCCUACAUUUGACUAUUCAAGAGUUUCUGGCUGCACAAUGUAUUGUAGAUGAAUGUGGCAAAAUUGCACAGUUUUUUCAUGAUAAUAAAGUUGAUCCUAAAUGGCACUUGGUGAUACAGUUUGUGGCUGGUUUAGUUGGAGACAAAAAGAAACUUGGAGAUAUCAGAGAUACUACAGUAGAAGAUGUUGAAAAACGAUUUAAAAAAUGGAUUUCAAACCUAUUUUCCAGCACUGGAGAUAAAGUCCUUGGUUUUCUUGGAGUAAAAUGCCUAAACGAGUUGCAAAACAAAGAUGUCAUAAGGUCAGCUUGCACGGAGUUAGAGCAUCUUUCUCAAGAAGUGAAGAUUGAUAAAGUUUCUUUUACGCCUGUUGAUUCAAACGCAUUGUUUGAAUUUCUUUCUGAAUGUGAACACAUAACACGUCUUUCUUUUGACGAUUGCAAGUUUCUUGAUAAUCAUACCUCUCUUCCAAUAAAAAACUAUUUGUUAAAUAAGGGAGCAAAAAAUUUGAUUAGUUUAACUUUUGAAUCAAGUAGUUUCGGCAAUUAUUUUGGGAAGCAUCUUAGUGAAGCAUUGAAAAGUGAGAAUUGUAAACUUACUAAGUUGGUAAUGCGUGGCAGCAUUAUAGGUGAUGAAGGUGCUAAAUAUGUUAGUGAAGCAUUAAAAAGUGAGAAUUGUAAACUUACUGAGUUGCAAUUGACUGAUAACAACAUUGGCGAUAAAGGCGUUAAAUAUCUUAGUGAAGCAUUGGAAAGUGAGAAUUGUAAACUUACUGAAUAUGUAAUGUGUGGCAGCAAUAUGGGUGAUGAAGGUGCUAAAUACCUUAGUGAAGCAUUAAAAAGGGAAAAUUGUAAACUUACUAACUUGGUAAUGACUGGCAGUAAUAUAGGUGAUGAAGGUGUCAAAUAUCUUAGUGAAGCAUUGAAAAGUGAGAAUUGUGUUGAAUAUCUCAGUGAAGCAUUGAAAAGUGAGAAUUGUAAACUUACUGAAUUGGAAAUGAAUGGCAGCAAUAUAGGUGAAGAAAGUGUCAAAUAUCUUAGUGAAGCAUUGGAAAGUGAGAACUGUAGACUUACUGAAUUGUGUUUUAAAUAUAACCAAGGUUAUAAAUUGAUGGCGAAAGUCAGGAAAAGAAAAAAAGAAAGUGUAGAAAGUGUAGAAAGUGUUAAAUAUUUUAGUGAAGCAUUGAAAAGUGAGAAUUGCAAACUUACUAAGUUGAUAAUGAGUGGCAGCAAUAUAGGUCGUGAAGGUGCUGAAUAUCUUAGUGGAGCUUUGAAAAGUGAGAAUUGUAAACUUACUAAGUUGAUAAGUAAGAAGUGGAAACGGGAUCCACUUUAUACAGCAAGAACGCUAGAUGGUGGUCGACUUAGGAAAGCAGCAGAAAUUAAGGGUGAUGAAAGUAUUUUGCUAGACAUUAGAGGAAAAGACUUUGUUGCUUUAGAAGUAAAGUAUCAUCUCAGAUAUUAUCAAAAAUACACUUCAUUCCUCAAACAUCAUAAAGUUGACCCUGCUGAAUGUGAAAAAUCCACUCAAAAACCAUUAUACAAUGAAGGGUUUACUGCUAUUUGUGAAGAGUACAUUAAAGUGCACAUAAUACAAGAAGAAAGUAUUUUCUACAUGGCAAAGUUUAAAGAAAAGUUUGUUAAAUUUGUUGCAAGUGUUGAAAAUGUAAAUGCAACGAAUUAUAAAACAAGUCGAUUAAAGCAACGAAUGAAAAAACGGUUUCCACAACCAAUAUUUUAA